CAGCAACAACAACAGCACAUCAACCUCCACCGCAUCUUCGUCGUCGCCGUAGUCUCUGCGGCUUUCUGCAGCAGCGGAAAAUUCUUCGUUGUCGUCGUCGUCGCGACCACCGGCAUCGUCGUCGACGCUCGACCGCCGCCGACAGCCACAUCGUUAUCAUUGCUCUCGGCAACGAGACGACCACCGACAUCACCAGCUCCUCGACUGCUCCUCGACGACGACGUCGCGGUAGAAUCGGUGUCCGCUGCCUCGCGAGUGCGGACGUUUUUUUCGUAAAAAAAGCAAGCACGACGAGCGCGGCGCGUCGUCGUACAAGUCAUCAUGAUGGACGAAAUAAUGCCGGACCUGUCGCACCUCACGCCCGAGGAGAGACGCCACAUAGAGAGCGUCAUGAUGAGGCAGCGCCAGGAGGAGGAGAACCAGAGCGAAAUUUUGAGGCGAAAGGAGUCCGAGGUGCUGAAACUGGAGGAGACGAUAGCGCGUACGCGCAGCGAGAUGCUCAAGAAUCCGGCCUGCGACCUGGAGGCCACCUGCGAGAUAUGCCUCAAGACGAAGUUCGCCGACGGCGUCGGCCACAUCUGCAAUUACUGCAGCGUCAGGUGCUGCGCCCGCUGCGGCGGCAAGGUCUCAUUAAGAUCCAACAAGAUAAUAUGGGUGUGCAUACUGUGCCGCAAGAAGCAGGAGCUGCUGUCCAAGUCGGGCCAGUGGAUGAUGAAGCCCGGCGGCCAGGAGAGCGCCAUGAUGCGCCGCAUGAAGGAGGACAUGCAGGGCGGCGUGAUGCCACCCGCGGUGCGCACGAUUGAUCCGCUGCAGGACAAGAGGCCGAAGCUCGAGCGCGCCCAGAGCGCCGUGGAGAAGGAGAACGUGCCCCUGCUGCAGCGCAGCAGCAGCCUGCUCAGGCGCCAGUACUCGCACCAGGAGCCGGGCAGCUGCGGCGUGGGCCAGGUGAGGCGACUCUCGACGACCGACAGCGGCGUCGACAUGUCGCUGGGUCCGCACGCCAGGACACUGCCCAUGCCCAACGUGGCCCAGUACCAGCAGCAUCAGCAGCAGCAGGCCCAGAAUCAGACCCCGAGGCAUCCGGACGCCUUUCCCGAGGACGAUCCGAGCCUGUAUCGCGGCGAGCUCGACGGACUGAUGAGACAGAACUCGUCCUAUCAGAGGCAGCGGCAACUUUAUCAGGAGCAGAACUCGGAAAUAGCGAUGGCCUACGGCCACCCGAUGAACCCGAUGAACACGACGCCACAGGGAAUGAUGAGGCCCGGUAUGCAUCCCAGACCCCAAGGACCAAUUCAAAUGCAGCAGCCGCUGCAGCAACCGCAGCAGCAGCAGCAGCAGCUUCCAAUGCAGCCGAUGCAUCAACAGCAGCAGCCGAUGCACAUGCAGAUGCAGCAGCAGCCACAGCAACAACAGAUGCCGCCUCAGCCGAUGAUCAGGCCGCAACAGAUGCAGAUGCAGCAGCCACCGCCGCCGCAACCGAUGCAGAUGCAUCCGGGACCACAUCACUUGCAUCCGGGCCAUCCGGUGAUGGGCGCUCCGGGCCAGAGGAGCUUCAGCAGCAGCGAGGAGGAGCGCAGCACGCCCGAGUGCGCCAGCGACGAGCUCGACGAUCGGGAGCACGGGAAAGAGCAGUACUACGAGGACGGUGGGGAGAACGGCCUCGAAGCUAGCCUCGUAUUUAACGGAGAGCGCCAGCCGCCGAGCAAGGAGGAGAUCAACCUCGCGCGCAGAAGCUUUCGACGCUCCGGCGACGAUCGGAUCGCGGACAGUCGGAGAUUCACCGAGCGAAGGGAGAAAAAAACGGUUCGCUUUCACGGCGGUACCAGCGCCGACUCGCAGGAGGACUGGUCCUGGGAAGCCGAUCGCCAAGGUAGCCAGGACAGCGCGACCAAAGACUCCGGCAUCGAGACGUCGAGUAACUUCACGAGCAGCGAAGACAGCAACAGAGGCGAUAACAGUACGCUCAAGCAUCCGGCGGCGCCUUGGCACCCCAGUAGCGACGGACAGAAGCUGAUCGGACGCAUGGUUCUGUGCAAAUUGCCGCCCGGCCCGGACGGCGGCCAGAGCGGCAUACUCGGGCUCAAGGUCGUCGGCGGCAAGCUCCUGGACGACGGCACGAUCGGCGCCCUCAUCGAAAAGGUUAAAAAGGGCAGUCCCGCCGAUUUAGAAGGACAAUUGAGAAUCGGCGACGAGGUGCUCGAAUGGAACGGCCACUCGCUCCAGGGCAAGAGCUUCCAGGAGGUUAGCGAUAUAAUAGCGAUGACGCGGGCCGAGCCACAGGUCGAGCUCGUCGUCGCGCGAGACACGAGCAAGCAGUCGCUCGCGACGAUGAUGGGCGGUGGUGGUGGUCCGGUGGUUCAACAGCAGCAGCACGAUCCGAACGCGGCCAGUCUCACGCCCACUGCAGCGAGACGCUUCGCCGCUCAGGCCCAGUGGAGGCCCAAGUACGGCUCGGGAAUUAUCGGCCAGCCGAAUCAACAGAAAGAGCUCUACGACGGCCGAGGCAGCAACAACAAGCCGAUGGUGAAGGUGACGUCGCCCGGCUCGCCGGAUCUCUACGGCCAGGCGCGAUACGCCGCCAACCAACGACAGCUGAGGACGAUGCAGGGACCUCCGCCGGCCGUCGCGGCGGGCAGCAGCGUCGGCGGCCGGCUCCAGGUGAAGCUCAGCUUCGACGCGGCCAGUCUGCAGCUGGUGGUGUCGAUCGUCUGCGCCACCGGCCUGAUACCGCGCAAGAACGGCCAGCCGCGCAGCUCCUACGCCAAGAUGUAUCUGCUCCCGGACAGAAGCGAGAAGUCCAAGAGACGAACGAAGACGCUGGCCAACACGAACGAGCCGAGAUGGGACCAAAGCUUCGUCUACAGCGGCAUCAGGUGGACGGAUCUGAGGCAGCGCUCGCUCGAGAUCACCGUCUGGGAUUACGGCAGAUACGGCGCCAACGACUUCCUCGGCGAGGUCAUCAUCGCCCUGACGCCGUCGCUGCUCAACGAGGAGCUCGAGUGGCACUAUCUCGACGAGCAUCGUCAGCCCAGUUACUAUCAAGACGCGAGCGAGGACAUAGUGACGACUCCGGGCGAUUGCCAUCUGAGCCCGCCGUCGACCACCUCGAGGCUCAGCGACUCCGACACGUCCGAGUGCGACAUCACGGAUUGCGACGGCUCAAGGGAGCACCGAAGAACCGCCGAUGGCGCGAGCAUCAGCAGUAUCGGCAGCUCUUCCAGGUUUCAUAUGCCGCCAAAUUAUAAGCGCCACUAUUCCAGCCCGCCGCCCGAGAAGGAGCUCUGCGUCGACGGGGAGCAUCGCAGUCGCCGUGACCUGUCGCCCCAGGGCCGUAAACGAGCGGCUCUCAUGGGUCUGCGCGAGCAUCCGGCCUCCAUGUCCGGAUACCAGUCGGCCUAUCGCAAGGUCAACUUUCGCCAGCUCUCGGACGAUCCGCACAGGGUGGCGAUGCUCAGUCACAGAUCCCUCAGCGCCGUGCCCAUGGACUCGCCGAGGAUGCACUGUCGGGGCAGAUCGCAGAGCCCCACGGGCCAUCGGUCGCUCUCGCCGCCCGACCACAGGGCCUUUCCCUACGGCCCGAUGGGCGGCUACGUCACCAACAGAUUUUCGAGAUCAGCCACAGUGACGCCGACGGGCUCGCCGAAAAAACGCCAACUGCCUCAAAUACCAGCCAAUCUCAACGCUGCCCUCAAGGAGAGAGUGACGCACGACUUCGAGGAGAGGGCGAGACUCAUGAGGCACCGCAACAGGCCCAUGCACACCAUGUACAAAGGCAGUAUGGGAGUUUGGGAGAGACGCUUCAGCGGUCUGUCGGACUCGGAUCUGCCGUCGAUAAGCUACGAGCCGCACUCGUUCUCGCACAGUCACGCCCACAGGAUGCACAGGUCGCGGCGCGGCCGCAUCAGUCCCGAGAAGGACGUGCUCGCCGAUCUCGGCGACUCCGACAUGGAGAGCAUCGGCUCGGUGACGAGCAGCGCCUUCAGCACGCAAUCCGAGAGGCCGCGCGGCUCCAGGCUCAUACCGACAGUUAAAAACGUUUAUAUACCCGGUGUCGUAUCCCCAAUACCCCUGAUACCCCCUAGGCGCUCUAGGCGCAAGCACCGACUUAGGCUGUCACCCUGCAGCGAAUGCCAUUGUCCGCUGUUGAGCAGUAGCGACGCUAGUAGUAACAAUAACAACAAUAGACAUAACAUGAACGGCUACUCGUCGUUGCUGAACGACGACGACGACGAAGUCGACGACCUCGACGAUAUCGACUGUUGCUGUUACGACGAUUACGACUCGCCGUUGACGCCGUUGCCGCUACCACCGCCGAGAGUCGAAAGUAGUAAGCUAGUAGCAUCAACGACGACGACGACAAUGACACGACCGACGACGACGGCGACGACGCAGACGACACCCUCGAAUCAUCGCGGCAAGCAUCCCCUCGUCAGGAGCAAGUCGGCGGUCGUGCGCUCGCUCUGCAGGAAGAUACGCGCGCCGUUCGCGCGCUCGCGCACCGUCGACGAGGGCCUGCUGCGCUACAACAGUCACCACAACAGCCCCGAGACCAGCGAGUACACCGUCACCGACGCUUUCCUGCUGAAACCGCGACGCCACCACAACGGCAACGCCAAUCGCAUACCCGAGAUCUACGUCGAGGACUGUCUCAGCGUCAACUUCAACAAGCGGCUGAUCGACAAGUUUCGCGCCAAGAACAAGCGAUUCGCCGACAUAACGCUGGCCUGCUCGUCGUCGCUCGGAGACGGCGGCAGACGAUGCAGCAGUGCCCUGGCCUCGCUGCCCAGCCAGUACGCGGCGAGACUCAGGAGCCAACUGAUGCGCAGCUCCGUCGUGGCGGCACCGAGAAGACACUAUCAGCGGCUUCUCGAUUACAACAAUUACAACAACAACAACAACAGCUACAAUCUACAACAACAACAACAACAAUUACAACUACAUCAACAACAACAACAUCUACUACAACAUCACCACCGACACCACCACCACCACCACCACCAGCACAACCCCGCGAAUAUUACCCGUCAAUCGAGCAUGCGUAGAUCCCUCCUUUCCUCCAGGGCACGGAGCUUCGAGUACGACUACCUGGACAGCAACAGCCGCCGCUCGUCGUCGUCCACUUGGAGCAGCAGCCGCAGGCGUCAGCAUCAGCAUCAGCGAGCGGUGGCCAACGCCCAUCUGGCCCGGCGCAGCCGCAGCUUCGAGUGUCACCCGGCGCGGGCAGUCUCGGGCAACGUGUUCAGCGACGACAGUCUGCAGACGGCCCGCCAGAAGAUCAAGCGCAAUCUCGAGCUGAGCGACGAGGGCUACGGCGACCGGAUACCGGCUCUGCGGGAUCGGAGCCGGUCCUACUACGACGCCGGCACCGACGCCAAGCUGCGCAGGCACCUGAAAAAGCGCCAGGCCCGCGAGAAGGAUCUGCAGCUGCUCGUGGAUCCGCGCGAGGAGCCCGAGAACGAGUUGGACGAGAACGACCAGGCGGCGUGCGAAUUUUACGCGGACCAGGCGAGGCCGAGGCUCAUGUACGGCUACGACUCGGAGCUCAGCUGCGGCGAGACUGAAAUUUACCUGCCCAGCGGCGACGAGGACGAGGAUCGGAGAGCGAGGAGAAAAUUACGCGCCGGUAGAAGUAGCACGCAGCAGCAGGGCCUCGACAACGAGGGCUACGACCCGAGCGAGCACAUUUACUGCAGCAUCGACGAGGUCGCCCGGGGCGGUCCCACGCCGCCGCCGCAGUUUCGCACGGAGCGCGACUGGGCGUUCGCGCGCGAGAUCGCCGAGCUGUCGAGGUGGCGCAGAAAAAACAUGCCUCUCGGCGACGGCUAUCAACGGCUACCGCCGCCUCCUCGCGUUAAGAGCGGCGACGCGGCCAACUUUAGCCUCUACGACAAUUGGAGCGUCGUCGACGACGAGGGCUACGACGGCAGCGCCGAUCGUUACUACGACGACCAAGAGCAGCAGCAGCGACAAUCAUCGGUUUACGAGACGAGCGACGGUGGCGUGAUCAGCGCCGCCAGCGACGGACAACGAAGGGCGAGGAGAGCCCGAUGGCUGGCCGACGGUCGGGGCGAGGCGACGAUCGCCACCGUCGAGCCGGCGCGCUACGAAAAUGUGCCUUAUUUUUAUUACGACGACGAUAGAUUAUCAAACGUGCCUACGAGUUCGCGCGACGACGCCGGCAGACUAGUUAA